GUCACGCUAAUAGAAUAGAAAACGGGCAGCCAUAUUUUUUUGAAGAAGAAGAUAUUCGGAGAGCAAACUGAAAACUAGUCCGGCAAAAUAGUGAGAAUUAGGGAGAAAUUUGCGCCCACAAGCUAGAGCAGCCGAAAAACAACGGGGAGGGAAAUAGAAACACCAGUACUUGCCAAGGACACAUCUCUCACAGGACAUCGGAUACAAGAUGGGAGAAGUCAAGUCGGUGAAGGUGGACAACUGGGGCGUCUUUUUUCUCCAGAAGCUCCAGAACUUCUUUAACAAAACGGAUUACUGCGACCUGACGCUCCAGUUUCGGGAUAACUCACAGCUCAAGGUGCAUCGGCUUGUGCUCAGCGCCUGCACGGAUUACUUUAAUGUCCUAGAGCAAACGUGCGACAUUGUGGACGAUGCCCUGAUCAUGCCGAACGAGUUCCAGGCGGAUGUGGUGGUGCCCAUCGUGAACUUCAUGUACACGGGCACCCUCGAGUUUGAGUUGAAGAUGUACGGCAAACUGUUGCGCACAGCAAAAGAGAUGAACAUGACGGUUCUGCUAAAACUUCUGGAGGCACAUAGGAGGACUAUGGAGAAUGUGAACCGCCAGCAAAGGCCACCGAGUCCCAAGGGCAUUCGACGUCGCACUAUACCUGUCAACUCCGGCCCUCCCCAGCAGCGUGUUUUAGGUCCCUCGCCAAAUCGGGGAGUUACUACGGUGGGAAACACAUCAACAACCCUGCGAGCAAACACCCAGCGUGGGCCCACUGGCAACACCAUUAUCCGCACUUCUGGCGCCACCAACAAUCGCACUCAGUACGCCGAGACAACUAUCAUCAAGCAGGAACCCACAUCGCCAUUCGAACAGCUGCGUAAAGGAUACAACAACAAUAAGCGGCCAGCUCAGACCAGUCUGCUGUCACCGCCCUCAAAGAAGCCCAGCCUCGAGGAGGUCAAGGAAUUCGCCGAGCAGCAACGAAUGCGUAAACAAAUAGCUGCAGAAUACGGUGAUCACGAUACGGAUUACGACGGCGGUAUGAUCUUCGAUGAUGUGCAUGCUGACGACGACGAUGACGAUGUGCCUCCACAGCCUUCUACGUCCAAACAACAAUCAACAUCACUGGUAUUACCACAAGGCACACAAACACAACUAGAACAUGGCACAACUACCAUUAUUCUAAAGCAGGACUCGCCCAGUCAAACACCCACAAUAAUUGUAAAGGAUUCCUCCAACGCAAAGUUGAACCACACCAAGAUCAUUGCCGAAGUUCUGCGACAGUACCCACACAUUGUCAAGGGCCACAAGAACAUAAAGCUGAAAAUAAUGCCCAACACUGCGCCAACUCCAUCAGCCGAAAAGUCUACUCCGACAUCCGUGAAACGUGCGUCCCCUGUUCCGUCAGGGACGGCUGCAACAUCGACUUCGCCACACAAAAAGCUACACGUAUCCUUCAAGUCGGAUAAGAACACCCCUCUGAUAACAUCCCAACAAAAAGCGUCCGUUACACAGCAGAAAUCGCCUGUGGCUUCGACACAGACGAAUAUUUCUCAGGCGAAUUCUGGCGCAAACGUUGCUGGCGGGCAGAAGCGUCGAAUCGAUAGCAAAACCAUGCAUGCAUUGAUCGCCCAGGGAGCUGAGAACACCACUGGUCCCUGGCUGUGCCUCAGGUGCGGGGUUAAUGGACGUCCGAUAAGCAUUCCGUCGUAUCGGGGCUUCCGCCGCCAUUUGAUCAACACGCACAAAGAAACCAUCGAUUCAGCGCUGUGCGAACAUUGCGGUUGGCGGUCAAGCAACAACAGGGAGCUGCACUUCCAUAUGUACACGGAGCACCAGGUCAAGUCGCAGCUGUACACCUUCCCCGAAUGCGCUUUGUGCAACCAGUCGUACUCCACCAAGCCUGAGCUGGAGGCGCACAUCAACGAGGCGCAUACAGACGACAACAAGCAGCAGUGCAUCUACUGCAACAAAGUGUUCGAGCAGGAGUUGCAACUGUACCGGCAUAUGAAGAGUUACCACAAGACGCAGGCCUUAGAAGAUGGAAUUAUUGAUGAAACGGACGAGGAGUUCCUCGGCUCGCAAGGAGAGGAGGACGAGGAUGGUGAGGCACCCGAAACGGAAGAGGAGCCAGAACAGUCGGGCAAGGUUCGCAUUCUAUCGGACAUCAGUCUGCCGGCCACAAGUGCCAUUACAGUGCAUCAAGAGGUGGAGCAGGUGCAGCAGGAGGUUAAAUUCGUUGGAGCUGACGGCAACGAAGUGGAGCUAACGGAAGAGCAAAGGAAAGAGAUUCUAUCUCAGCUCAACCAACAACAGGCGGGUGCGGCCGCGGGCGGCGUGGUAAUGGUCCUUAGCGAGCCAGAAGCUGAGCAGGUGAAGCCGGAGACAGAUGAAAAGUCACUUGCUGGCACAGAGGAAGAGUACGACGACAGCCAGAUAUACAGCGAGCUAGCGGCCGCGGACUCUGUGGAAAGCGGAAAGAAAAGCACUGCUGACGAGAGCAAGGAGUCAAUUGAUAACCUGGAGUGGGCAGAGAACCUGAUUGCCGAAUCCGAGGAACAGACAACUAAGGAGCCCAAAUUGGAAAAAUCCCGAGAUGACAUAAGUGAAAAGCUUAAGGAGCUAACGGGCGACUGGACAGAGGAUGAGAACGAGGACGAUGUAGACGACAAGCCCGCCACUGCAGAGCUUGCUAGCGAAUUGGCCACCAAAGAGUCGGAACCAACCGAAAGUCAAACUGCUGAUGAUGAGGAAGAUGACAUUGACCUGGCCCUGCAAUCUAUGCACAAAAGUUCCGAGGAACAAGCGUCGGCGAAACCCAGCGACGAGCCGGUAGAGGAAGAAAUUCAAUCAACCGCCACUACAAACAGCCAGUCGAAUAAAAUGGAAGUAGAUUCGGAUGCGGCGCCCGAAACUAAGUCCACGGAAGUACCGGAUGUCCAAAUAAAAGAGGAAGAUGGUGUUGACACUGAGCAGGAAGAAUUUAUCAAGGAGGAGGUCCCUAUAUCUGACCCUAGCCUUCCCGAAGCUGAACCGGAGGCACCUGCAGCUGUUGCAGCCGCUGAAGGGGAGGAUGAUGUACACCUGGAAGCCGAGAAUAUUCGAAAGGAGCUUCUGGAUGAAUUAAUAGCAGGCGCGGAAAAAGCCGAGGACGAGCCAGAUGCACUUAAUGCUCCAGAGGUAGAACCAACGUCGGCCGAUGUGUCAACUGAAGCGGCGGAAGAAGAUUUGGUGCCUGCUACACAAAUGCCAGCCGAUCAGCCCAUUGCCAUGGAUGUGGAUGAGUCCGAGGCAGAAAAGCCUUCAGAAGACAAGGACGAAUCCAAAGCGGAAGAGACAAAGAUACCUUUGGAAUCUGAAACGGAAAUACCAGAAGCUGAGAAACCGGAAGCGACGACAACGGAAAAAGUUGAAACGGAACACGCACCUGCUACUGAUAAAGUGAAGAGUCUCAUUAGCGAAUGGGUCGACGACGAGGAGGAUGAGGAUGAGAAUGGUGUGAGUGCGGCAGCGAAGGAGGAACUAUAAUUGCUAGAUUUAUUUAUGUUCUAAUGUGUGAGUGCGGAGACCAGCGGAGAAAGAAUUUUCGGUUUCUAUUGUAAAUUAAAUUGUUAAUGAAGAUGAAAGAUGAUAAGAUAUGCGUAUGCACAGGUUUAAGUGUAUAAGAUCUAAUCUGCACGUCUCAUAUAAUUGUAAAUUCCCCACCACCCAACCCUUGUUGCGCGGCUAUUCAGAAAUAACCCGAGAAGGAAGUCGCGGCCACCUUAAAUGAGAGAUCAGAGACCAAAUUAUUCGAUAUUGCGCUAAAUUUUCAUCCUCACAACUAACACGGCAAGCAACCAACAUUUCACUUUUAGAUAAACCUCUUAUAUAAAAUAAAUAUAUAUAAAUACGUAUAUAUAUAGCAUACUUCGAUGCCUAUUUACAUGCAUACAUAUAGGUAUAUGUAGUUACAUAGAUGUUGUUUUAAUUGGUUAAAACAAGGCCUGAUGCAAGCAAGCGACAGUUAAGUCAAUGAUUGAUUUUUAAUGAUUGGUUUAAUAUAGGAAUCAAAAGCGCAUACAAAAAAGGAGCCCAAUUUUUUGAUUACCAGCUUAGGGUAUAAGAUUAUUAAAUAUAAAAAAUUAAAAAUACUUUGGAGAAAGAAAAAUAUAAAUGUAGAAAAAAAGGA